AUGAAUUCAACUGAUGUAAUUGCCAUAGGUAAAGAAAUUUGUGAGAUGCCAACUGGAGAGGAUGUUGAAGAAGAAUUCGAACUUCUAGAUGUUUAUGAAGAACCAGAGGAACCAGAUGAUGCUGCUAUGAUCCAACAAUCUGAUUGUAAAUUUCCUAUACUCCAGUUCUCUGAGCCGGAUAACUUUGUUAAAACUAAAAGUAUAUCUCUAUCGGCUACACCUGAACAAGCUGGUUUUGCGGUGACUCCUAUGUCACAUGUCAAUUAUAGUUCAUCAGCGACGUAUAUGGGUGCAUAUCAUUCUCAUCCUGUUAUUACAAAUAAAUCGCUAUAUCCGUAUCCUAUUUUCCCAAAUGUACAGAUACAAAAUCCCUUCAGGAAUCAUGGUCAUUUAUUAACCGACUAUUCUUCACCAUCUCAUUCACAUCUUCGCCAAAAUGUUGACGCAACUCCACCUCAGUCGUCCUCACGCGCUUAUAUACCACAUUCUCUUCAUCCUUCAGAAGACCCUCCCCCACCUUAUAGACCAUAUAUUCCGACUCGCUGUGACCCUGAACAAACUCAAGAAUUAGGAACUUCACCUGAUUCAUCUACAAAACCUCGAAAAGAAUUGUCUCAACCUAGUAAUAUCACAAAUAACGGAGCUAUCCAAGAACUCACUUCAGCGACCAAGGCAUCAAAUCUCAAUCCCGAUCGCCUCAAAGUUUGUGGUGGAUCUAAUAACAACAAUAUUUCUCGAGAAACUCGAACUCCGCCUCAUCGAGGUCGUAGUCCACACGCCCUUCCACAUCCAUUAGAGCACUAUCAACGUUAUCUUAAUUCUGCUCUUAACUCUGAAAAUGAAACAAGUAAAAAUGAUACGUCUAAACAAUUUACUGACAGACCUCUUGAAACGCAUGACACUUUACCGAAUAAUCAGUCAUCUCUUAAUGCUUCUAAGACUGAUAAAGUUGAAACUCAUAUUUCUCCCGUUAGUGACAAUCUUCAUAAUGAAAUGCCUUUCGUUAGUCCAUCUGCUGAAGAUCUUGAUACUCGUAUUGCACGGUUGUAUGAUUUAGCCAUGCGUAAAAAUAGCAUAACAGUAUCAAAUACUGCUGUAGAUAUAUCUAAUGAAAAUAAAUCACAAAAACCCACUGCCAAUCCAAUUAUUUCUCCCCCACCUCCUCCACCACCACUUCCUACGUCUCAACGCAUACUAUUCACACAUAGACCACAAAAUCCAAUUCAUUCGAAUCUAUCUAAAUGUCUGACUCCUUUAUCGUCUUCACAACAGGAACUGCGACUGUCAUCUCAUAAGAUAAAUGACAACAACAGGAAUCUUGAAAAUAACAUAGGACAUCGAGGACCUACCAAUCGCAGCAAUCAAAUUAGUUCUAGCUCUUUACAUGAACAAAUUCAGUAUUUACCAUCUGGUUCUCAUCCUUCUGGCCCUGAUAAUAUUGUGAUUAAUCCUAACAUUUCAUGUGAAAUGUCAUUUAAAGUAUCUGAACAACAAACUAGAAAUAUCCCUAUUUCUGAUUCUGCUCUUGGAUUUUCUGGUAUUAGCUUAGAUUCUAUACAUCCCGCAACGCACUCAUAUCCAAGACGACCUUUGAAUAACCAUCCACAAAGUACCCGUCAUUAUCCUGUGAACCCGGCACAUAAUUAUCAAACAACACCAACAACACAUCCUCACUUUCAACGUUCUAAUUCAAAUCGUAUGAAGUUGAAUAGUGAUCCAUUGCUCUCUGGUCGCCGUCAUUCAGACAGAGAUGAUGAUCGAGAUAUUUAUUCAAUGCUUGGUGUUUGA